UCUUCAUCUGUAAAGAGAGAUAUCUCUCCAUCACUGUUCUUGUACUUACGCAUUUAUAUCAGGAGGUUUUCUUCUUCUUGAUAUAAAAGAUUCAAUCUUUUUGGUACCAUGGUCUCAGAAGAUUCAUCAUCAUUUCAAUUUCGGCUCUCUCUCUCAUUAGGCUCUGUCCCAUUUGGAGAAAGAGUCAUGAAUCCUGCAGCCUAUCUCAUUGCCAUGAAGGAAGGUUGUGGGAUGGGAUUUGAUGACUUUCCACAAAUCAACCAGUCAUGGUGUGGGGGUGGGAACCCGAAUCAGUCGUUUGUUGCUUCGAUUGGGGGCUCGAAAUACCUGCAGCCAGCUCAGUCGCUUCUUCGAGAAAUGGUCAGUGUUGGCGGGGAGGGAGUUGAUGCGAGUAAUCGGAGAUUUAUGGAUAGGUUGGGCAGGCGAGGCGCCCUUCGCGUCUCGUCUAAGCUCAAGGCAGAGCUCUCUGGCUGUGAGUUGGUGUGUGAUGACCUGCUUAAGCUCAUUGGCUUGCUUGAGGAGGUUGAGAUGAGAUAUGAAGAGUAUUCCCACCACAUGGAUUAUCUGAUCCGUUCAUUCGAGGCCAUUGCUGGCACGGGUGCAGGGAAGUCCUACACGGCCCUCGCCAUCCUAGCCAUGUCCAAGCACUUCUGUCGUCUAAGGAACGCGAUUCUUGCACAAAUCCACACCACCAAGCACAAACUCCUCAAGGACACACGGCUAAGCCUAUUUCAUCAAGAAUCGAGAUCCAUCCACGCUUGGAGGCCCCUCAGAGGCCUGCCCGAGACUUGUGUCACCAUUCUCCGUGCUUGGCUCUUCGGACACUUCCUGCAUCCGUAUCCAAAUGACUCGGAGAAGCUGAUGUUAGCAUCACAGACAGGCUUGUCAAAGAAUCAGGUUUCGAAUUGGUUCAUCAAUGCUCGAGUCCGGCUUUGGAAGCCGAUGAUUGAAGAGAUGUACAAAGAGGAGUGUGAAGAUUCAUCCACAGAAUCUCAUCAACGCCUCCAACUUCACUAGAUAAAUAUGGACUUAUUUUGUAGUAAAGACAUUAUAUAUGUACACUUUUCUAAUCAUUUAUGUCUUAGUCGAGCUUCCAUUA